GAAAGAGGAGGGCCAGAGGAUGGCGGGGGAGGGUGUACCCAGGGGAGCAACACUUCCUGUUGAGUAUCGGGCGGCAGAGGAGGAGGACCGAGGCACGUACCUGUUUGCGAUGAAACUGAGGCGCACUAAGAGCACUGGAGAUGUCACUAAAGCGAAUGUCACUAAAGGGGAUGGCACUAAAGGGGAUGUUACCAGCAAUGCUGCCGCUACUGUUGCUGGAGACAACGGCUGGGGAGACAGCAGGAGGAAGGGGAGGGAAAGGAUUGGCACUGUUUUUGAAGCAGAGGAGAGAGGGGGGCUGUUGAGAAUUCUCAGAAGCCUAUCACAGAGGAGGGGGAGGGGAUUGUGGGCGACACGAUGCAGCGUGGAAGCUUCCUGUGCUUCACAAUGGGAGCAGCCAACCGGCCUGGCGCUACCCAAGGAAAUGACCAGCCUGCUGGUCUUGAUGCUACGUUCAGUGCAGGGUCGGGGGGGGGAGGUCCCUGUCCGAGAGCAAGGUCGGCAGCCCACCAUCAUCCCCGCAAGUCCUCGUCCUCACCAAGAGCAUCCUCUUUAAGAGCGACCUCACCAAAACCGCCUUCUCUCAAACCC